AACAUUUUGGGUGCCUGCUGCUGUCUCCCUAGUUGCUCUGCUCUUACUCCUCUGGCUUCCUCAGCCAUUCAGCAAGUCAGCAGUUCUGUUCUACUUACCUGCCAGAUUCAGCCCACUUUUCUCCAUUAUCAUGGCUGCUAAUCCAGGGUCAUGCCAUUGUCAACCUUUUCUUUAUCUUCAAAAUGAAGUCUGGGGGCCAGGGAUUUAGCUCAGUAGUGUAAGUGCCAGCCUGGCAAGUGGUGAGGUCGUGAGUUCAAUCCCUGGUUAAAAAAAAAGUCUGGACUCCAUGAUGUCACUUACAGGUCCCUAGAGGUUGAAUCUCUUCGUACCUUCUUCCACAACACUUGUACAGUCAUUUAGUACCGUGUUCUUAUGUUUAUUUUCCUGCUGAUUCUGUCUUCUGUGUGAGGUAUUUAUGGUUUUUAUUCUCUAAAUUCUCUCUGAAGAAUUAUUGGUAGUGUACUAAAAAUAAACGUGGCUAUUUGUAGAAAUCAGUACUGUACUGUGAAUUCUGCUGAACUUUUCAGUUUCAUGUUUGCUCAAUAUCAUGCAAAUUUGUCACUCAUAAACCUUUCUAAAAGGUUUUACCCUUCUUAGCCGGGCGGGCGUGGUGGCUUGCGGGUAACCCCAGCACUCAGAAGACUGAGGCAGGGGUCUCAAUGCGAGUUCGAGACCAGCCGAGGCUACAAAGUGAGCUUAAGGCCAGCCUGAACUGCAUAGCGCGACCCUGUCUCAAAAAGACCAAAAAAAAAGUUUUACCCUUCUUACCAUACAUGUAGUCGUAACUUCUGAAUAACAGUACCUAUAAAGAAAUGUUGUUUGUAAAGCACAAAUUAUUGUAAAAUGAAUCAAAUUUUUCUGUGUGUGUUAAAAUUUUUGAAGGACAAUCUGUGAGAAAGCAUGUGUGCCAAGGAUAGCCAAAACUAUCCUUGAGAAUCAUUCAAGGCCAUCAAAGGUCAGAGAAUAAAUACACUUACAUGCUUUAAGUAUAGAGUUUGACUAGGGCAUGGGCAUGUCCAUCACAAAGUUUAUAUCAGCUGCCAGGCUUCCCCAGGCAAAGUCCCAGCAAGCUGACAGGUUGGAGGUAAACAAGCACAUCAGAUGUGAGCCCGUCCACACCUCCUUUUGUUCGUCUCUGGAUGUUCUUUCUAGAGAAAUGAAAGGGCCUAAGUAGUAAGUACACCAGCAUGAGCACCUCUCAUCACUUCUGCUACCAUUCCUGAUGAGAGGACUUUACCACCUCUAGUGAAUCUGAAUGACUGUCAUGAGCCAAAGUGCUGAGACUCAGAGGGGAGGAAGUCUUCAUCCUGCUGUUACUGUGGAGAGUUUACCUGAUGACAAGGAUUGGCUGGCCUAACCUAGUGGGUAUGGGCAGGUGUUGAGAGAGUUUCCCAGGAAAUAGCAAGGUGAGAAUGCCAGAUCCUAAGGAAUGUGAAGGAGUAAGAGGCAAAGCGGGCUUCCAGGUAGGUACCAUCGUAGCCCGGGAAGAGUGAAGGACACAGACCCAGAAAUCAGCAGUCAUAAGAUGAUAUGAAAAGCAUCCAGUAUAGUUCAGAUAACGUGGUAUAGGUGGUGACAGGGUACAGAUAAAGUUGAGGGUCUAAGCCGGGCACAGGAUUGCAGGCCGGGCCCGAGAGAGAACCAGGCAGAGCUCUCUGCCUUGUUACUGCUCCACUGGUUAGUCCUUAGAUCUCAGUGCUUGGGACAGAAUAAAAAGCCUUUGUAAUUGGACAGGUAACCACAGUGCACAAGAAAGUGGGUCAGGAGGCCCAAAGGAGUUGCACCAGACCAGGGGCAGAACAGUCUGAGGUCAUGAGUCUGGGAGCCAUGGCUCUUGCACCUCUAAUAGCUCUCAUGAUUUUAGAGGUUCACAGAUUGAUUGGAAGUGCUCUCAUACAUGAUAAAUUUCAUCUACCCUUUCUGACUUUGACUCUGGAAUUGUGUAUUUCCAUGUCAGACAGCACAGUGUAAUAAUUUAGAGUUCUCAAACCUGAUACUUACUGCCAAUCAAUAGUCACUUGACUUCCCCAAACCUCAGCUUUUUCAUCUCUAAAAUGGAGAUAAUGGUGGGUGGGUGAUUAGGUGAUAUAAGGAAAUCAUUCUUCUUUAAAAUUUUAUUAACAAUUAUGCAUAUUAAUGGGGCUCAGUGUGAUGUUUCUAUACACACAUAGGGCAAAAUAAGAUUCUUUUUUUUUUUUUUUAAGUGGUACCGGGGAUUGAACUCAUGACCAUGCGCUUGCAAGGCAGGCACUUAUGCCGCUGAACUAAAUCCCCAGCCCCUGAUAAGAUUCUUAUACUGAUAAAUAUUCAGUUAGUAGUAAUUGUGGGUAGUGCCACUGCAAGUGACUGAAGAGUCAUUACACUUUUAUAACCAUGGAGAAAAGUAUAAGCCUCAUUCAAGUUACCUUGCUAGUUACCAUUAGUUUAACAGAGGCAGUUCAUAUAUUUAAAAUUCAUUUUUCCUUACUAUUUUGAAAAGAUUUUCUGGAAAAAUGGUAAACUGUACCUUUCAUAAUUCUGUGAUGGGAGGUGAAGCAUCUUACCACUCGUAGUAGGAUCAAGGUUUUCAUUAUUCUGUGAUCCAAGGCAGCAUUUCUGGUUCUCAUUUUCUCAUUUGUGGGGGGAAAAAAGAUUGACUUACAUAAUCUUAGUUCUCUAGAAUUCUUGCAACUUUCCAAAAAUUUAAUUUGAAAACUCUUUCAUAUGGAUAAGUUAAUAAUUAUUGAAACAGUUGUUUUUGAACUUCUUAAGAUGUUAAACCUGGAUACUGACUGUAAAGGAGAAAUACAAAUGAACAGUGGAGGCUGAGGAAAAAGAGAAAGCAUAUUGAUUACUGAGAAAAUAUAUUUAAGAAAGCUGUAACUGCUUGGAGAAUAUUAUUUUGCAAAGUAGAAAAAUUAAGGUAAAGUAGAUACUGUGUUUAUGUUUAGCAAAUAUUACCUAGUUAAGCAGCAGUUUUAAAAAUAGCUUAGAUUUAUUGUUUGAUAAUUGUACUGUUAACAGCUGUCUUUUUCAUCUCGAUUGUAUAAGGAAAAGACAUUCACUACAGAUAAUAUCUAAUAAGCAAAAGGAUCCUUUAACUUUUUGCUGUGAUUAUAAAGAUUUUUUCAUAAAUACAAGUAUGUAUGGAUACUUUUUUAAGUUAAACUUUGAAAAUGCUUUAUUCAGUGACAAUUACAUUGUUUCCUAAUGGUGAAAAUUCAAAAUUAAUUACAUUUUGGAACCUCUUUUCAAGUAACUUGAAUACAGAUGGCAGUUAGUGGCAAAUAGGAAUUUUACUAUUGAUCCUUUUACUUUUCUUUUUAAUGUAAUAAUUCUGGUCUCAAGUUGUAGAAAAUUAUGACUUUCAGACAGAUUUGGAAUAAGACUGACUGAUUUAAUCAUUGUAAUUGCAAGAGGUUGGCAUAUAGUCAAACGUUCAUAUUUUUUCAUACAAAGAGCUGAAGCUACUUGUAGUUCAUUGCUAAACAUAGGAACAUCAGCAAUAAUUACUUUAUGCCUUAGAUUCCUGGUUGUGAAGGACACUUGUCCCUUUUGCUUCCAGCCAGACCCAUGACAGCAGUCCUCUAGUUCAUAUAGUGAUCAUUUAUUCUUAUAUUUAUUUGAAGCACUUACAGAACUGUGUAGUACUAUCACAUGGUUUCCAGACAAGGCUGGGAUAAGGAACAGCAAAAGUCUUUUUGAAUCUUGGUUACUUUAGCACUGGUCUCCAACCUGUUGUGACCAAUUGUGAUAACUGAAUAUUAUUUUGCAAAGUGAAAAGACAGGAUAAAGUAAACAUGUUUGUGUUUAGCAAAUAUUACCUAUAUAUAGUAGUUUCAUCACCAGUAAAUAAGGCAGCUAGACUGUCAUCUGCACAAUGCAGGUUGAAAUCAUCCUGCAGUUUUAUAAGUAGGUAGUAGAACAUUCCCUCCACUGCAAGAAGAUUUGCUAGGAGAGUUUUUAAUAGUGCCAGAGACACAUGAGAACAAAGCCUUGCCUUUUUCGGCUUUGGCCCAAAAGGCAGUUUUGGCAUAAAAUAGAAAAGGUUAUACUCAAGAACUUACUGCUUUUUCUUCUCCCUGUGACUUCCUGGGCUAAGUUUUGGUGAUAAAUGUAUAAAACCAUUAGUGUCUGAAAUCAGUUUAUCUGAAUCCAGCAGCUUGCCAAGAAAUAUACUGAGAAUUACAUUGUACAGUAUAGUGCUGUGUUCUUAUUAAAGGGUCCCCCGAAAUACUGGAUGCCUUCGAUUUUCAUUAUUAAGAACAGAUUUGUAGUAAGUUCUCAUUUAAGUAGAGAGUAUAUUUGGCCAUAUCUUGAGCCAAAAUGAAGUCGUUUUUUAAAGGUUCUGUUUCCUAUUUUUUCUUCCCCUUUCUCUCUUAAAAACACAGGAAACUGCCGUAUGCCAUAUAUGUUUUGUUAAACAUAUAUAUAUGUUUCGUUAAACACAUACAUAUGUUUUGUUAAACACAUAUAUAUGUUAAACAUACAUAUAUAUGUUUUGUUAAACAUAUUUUUUUUUGUUUGUUUUUUUUUUUUUUUUUUGGUUAAAGUGCUGCUUUUUCACUCAGUGCUGCCAAGUUGUCCCUCGGUCAUGCUGUUGCUCGGUCUUUGGUGAGCUGCUUGUGAAUAUAUGCUGUGGCAAGUUUAUUAAGAGUGCCAGGGCACCUACCUUGUCCUGUGUUUUCUCUCUGUGCUAAUCAAAUGUUCCUGUGUGCUUUACGGUAUAGAUAACCUGUAAUAUAUUGCACUGCUUGGUUAACUUCUUGACCUCAUACUAUUGGGUUAUUUACAAAUGCCCCAGGUAAUUCAUUUUUGUAUUUACAUCACAUGAGCUAAGUGUUACAUGGCCCAGGAAGUUUAAAAUCAGUCAUAAAAAUUAACCCAAAGACGUAGAAAAUUUUAUGCUGUCAAUUCCUGAUUUUUUUAAUGUUCUACAAAUAUUGCAUUGAUUUUUUUAAAAAAUGGUAAAGCAUUUACAUGUUUUGUAAGAUGCUUUUGCUGAAGGAAUAUAACAGAAUUGGCUUAUUCUUGCCCUAUGCUUAGUGAGCCACAUACGUCAAAUUUUCUCAAAUACAUACAGUACUCAAAAGCCAUUUAAAACACCUUGGAAUUUUCAUCUUUUCAGCAUACCAACUCUGUCUUCUGUAACUAUGAAAAUGAGUUUAAAAAUAUGGUUGUUUUAGAAUGAUGUGUAUGACUGUAUUCACUGUAGAGACAGACUGACAACCGUCACUAGACUUGUGUCACCUGCAGUCCUCCAGAGCCAGGGAGAGGGUAUGGUACUGUCAGCACUCUUUACUUGCUGUGACUCUUUACCUGCUGUGACUCUCACAUCUUGCCCUUGGCCCAGUAGCAUUUUGGAGUGUCUGUGAAACUCUGGGAAGUAAAAUCAUUACUGGGUGUCACCUAGGGUCCUCAGUGAUUGAUAGCAGCAUGGGCCAAGGCCAGGUGGGCUCCCAGCACAGAUUGUUCAGCUGCCUCCAGUAAUUGUUCCUGCUCAGAACAGUAGUGAACUGUUGUCCUUGCUGGAGUGUAAAAGAACCAAAGGAGACUUCUGCUUCUUAAGGAGACCAAAGCAGAGGCAGGAUGGGGAGAGCAUAAAGGUAGGAGCAGGGAUAGCUGCCCUCCAUCUCGGAGCAAAUGAACUACAAAACCCAAAUCGGGCCUCUUUCCAGGAGUUUGGUACAGGAAGAUGGACCACAAAAGUAGUAGCCCUGAAUUUUUGUUUGUUUGUUUAUUUAUUUAUUUAUUUAUUUACUUUUUUUUGGUCUUUUGUAUGCGGUUCAGCCUGGCCUUGAGCUCACUUUGUAGCCCAGGCUGAUCUUAAAUUUGUGCUGAUUCUCCUGCCUCAGCCUCCCGAGUGCUGGGAGUACAGGCAUAUGUAACCAAAUAGUCCUGAAUUUUUUUACUCCUUGAUUUGAUUUGUAGCUUAAUGUGUCCUCAUACUCUCACUUUGAAAUUCCAUGUUAAUCAGACCAACUAACAAUCCAGCAGUUACCCUGCCAUUUCACAGAUUAGCAACAUGUUAACUUUUGGACUUAAUAAAUGAUUUUCAGAAUCACUGCUUUUUCAGAACUUAAAAUAUUAAAAGACUCAGAAUUCUAAUUUAUUUAAGAUACCUAUUAUUGCUCAUGUAGUACUGAUAUGACAACUAAGAGACAUAAACUCUAUAAUAAUCUUUGACUUCUCCUUAAGCUCUUCUUUAUGUGACAGUGAGAAGGUAUAAGUAAUACUUAGGAAACUAAAACUAUUCGAAUACUAAACUUCAGUUUCUUUUAUUGUUUCUGCUAAAACGAAAAUCAUAUUAAAUUGAAGUUUAAGACACUAGACCUUCCUUUUUUUUUUUUUUUUUUUUUUUUUUUGUCUUUUUGUGGUUUUUAUCGGUACCAGGGAUUGAACUCAUGACUGCCUGCUUGCAAGGCAGGCGCUUAUGCCGCUGAGCUAAACCCCCAGCCCCGACACUAGACCUUCCUUAUAAACAUAUUUGAUUUUCUCUUCCCCUGUAGUAUCCUUCUUUAACUAAUGGAGAAGGUGUUUGUAGUUGAAAGAUACUUCACCUCUAUAAUUAUUGUGAUAGACUGGUAGCAUUGGCUCAAGCUUGUGAGGCCUGACCCCAUUAAUUCUUUAACAGCUUCUGCAAGACAGCAAGUGAAUUUAUUUUAACCUUUUUUGAGUUUUGAUGAUCUCCCUCUAUAAAAUAGAGCCGAUACCUUUCCCACUUCCAAAACUUGAGAACAUAAAAUGAGAUGAUGAAUAUGGAAGUGCUUCCAGAAAGAUUAAAAGAAAUUACUGGGAUUCUUGCUCAUACUGACUCUUAAGGAAUAGAUAUGGCAUUAAAGAGUUUCAGACAAACCUCUAGGUUUAUAUAAUUGACCAAAUAUGAGGUUUCCUACUUUUUAGAGUAGGCAUAGACUUGAGACUGGUAAGACCUAGUUUGUCCUAGUUCUUCAUUAUGUUCUUACUGUACUUGUUUUAUUUAAAAUAACAAUGAUAGAGAACUCUUUCUGCUUUGAACAUUGGAUGCACUAUAAAGAUUGUCUCAUUUAAGUCAUACACUUCUCUAUGAAGUAAGUGCAAUUUUUAUUCUAUUUUACAAAUGAGAAGGCAGAGUCAGAGAAGCAGUACUCCAGUACAGCUACAGUUAGUGAUUAGCGAAACUACCACAUGAACUCCAACCAGUAUGUGACACUUAAUACUCCAAAUCUAUCCUCUAAGCCAGUACAAUCAUUUAUUUAUUUACUUACUUUUUCUAAAAUUAGGAACUAGGUUUGAGUUGCAUCAGAACAAAAGUUUCAUUGUCUUGUAAAUUAUUCAUGUGCUUGUCUUGGUUGUAUCCAUUAUUUCUCAUGUAGCAAAUGAUGAAGUUAAAAUCAUAUCAGUGAUAGCUUUAUCUGCUUGGGUCUCUCAAAAAUAUAAGAAACAUCAAUAAAAUAUUUUAACUUUUUUGUUGUUACAUGCAGUUCUUAUAAAAUAAGGCAAGUUGUAAGCACAAAUGCAUUCAGAUUUCAUGUAUUUACUGUGCCAGGUAAGGGACUAGGUAUUGAGCUGCAGAUUUGCUUAGAUGUCCUCACUGCCCUUUUUUUUUUUUUUUUUUGGUCAGUAAGAUGGAAAGUGGCUUGGAUAUGCCCAUGUAUUAAAAGUAAUAAUCAUAAACAUUUGUGAAGUACUUUUUACACUUUAACAAGAGUUUGCCACACUUCGGCUUGCAGAGGCAUUAUUGUUUUAUGGCCAGUGGGAAUCAUUCAGAAAGUUAGAUGGUGCUAUCUUCUCUGUUUGCACCUGUGAGUCCUGCACAUGCUGUUGGGGAGCUUUGUUUGAUACCUAAGGCGUUUUGAAAUAAAUUUCUUCACAACUAGCUGUGGCUGGUAGACCUCUGUAGCAGAGAGCUUCUGCAGAGGGAGCUAGUUUUUAUUUCCAGUAAUUUUUAAAUGUAAAGGAUAUGCAUAUUCAGGUUAUCUGACCACAUUUGCAGUCUAGACUGCAGACUUCGGUAUUCUCCAGUUUGUGUGUUUUCAAGUACAGGGAAACCCUAUUUACAUUGUGUAAAGAUAGUAAUAUUUAAGGCCAACAUCCAUUACAGUGAUUUUUUUUUUUCUAAAUGGAUUUCAGUAGAUAUUCUCUUAAUUGAUGUUUGUUUUGCUCUAGGGCAGUAAGUUAACAAAUGGCCACCUGUCAAGUGUGAGACUUUUAUUUUUUGUUCAGCAAGCAUCCUUGAUAAUUAAAAGAGCUUAGCAACUCUGAGAGAAUUCAGUAAUCGGCCUUCCCAACAAACAAAGGAGAUUAUCUUUGAGUUUAUAGAAAGGGCACUCAGGUAAAAACUGAGAUCUCCUUGAAGGCAAGGUAAAUAUAUUUUGCCUUUGACUUGUUUCUCUGAUGUUGUAUUACUCUGUUUUCUUCAGUAAUAAUAGUAAUAUGCUUGCCAUACCACACAUCUUAUGAAUGAGCUGAUUACAGAAACUUACUCUGUCACUUCAACUCAAUGACAAACUUUAUGUGUGUAUGCCAUUGUACCUGGAAUUGAGUUUUCCCUUGGUAAAAGCUGGCGUUGAGGUUACAGUAGGGUUGAAGUCUUGUGAUCUUUAACUAAUGAUUCAUUUACAGCCAGUUUCAUGAGAAACUCUUGGAAAAAAACUGAGGCAUACAGUAUGAUAGAGGGGACAAUAUCUUGAUGAAUGAAACAGUGUAAAGUAAGACAUGUUUAAUUUUACAUCCUAUUGCAUUAAUAGUAAUUCAAUCUUCUGGAUAGAAAUUUCAUGGAGUCUAAUGUAUUUCUCUCUAAUACCUUUGCUCAGUUGAACUGUGGACUACUCAGAAUCCAGCACAAAUGCUAAGGAUUGAGAAAUGAAUAAAUGGUUCCUGCUGCAAUUAGAAUUCUUUAAUAAGUAAGCCUAGGCUCGUACCCAUACCUGUGAAAGGGUAGCAGGGAAGUAUUAAUUCAGAAUCUUUCAUGAGGAGUGUUUGUAUUCCUUGAAAGAAUGUGGAAAGGAUUCAACAGAGAGUCCUGAGACAUAACCCCAUAGGAGACACGGAUAAGGCAGGAACAAGGACAUUCCUGAGGGCAGGUGGUCCAGAGUAGAGAUGCCACUGGAUGAGGGUCACAGAGGGCACAUACCAGGACCCCCAGCAUCCUAAUGGGAGUAAUGGGAGAGGGAAGAAGGGUGAAAGACAGGUGGGACAGGUCCGACUGCUCUGGAAAAACCUGGAGAGAGAGGAAAAGAAGAUGUAGAAGCCAGCUGCUUUGCCAAAACAAUGCAUUUCGGGAUUGGUUUGGUUGAUUGUUUCAAGAUAGGAAGAGGACAGAAUUCUUACAGGCAAGAGAUGGAAUAAAGAAAAGAAAAUUUUAUCAGUUGUUAAAGUAGUAGAUACGCUUUUCUGAAUCACUGAAGUUUCUCUAGGAGUCUUGGAAGGAGGUUGACUGAUGGUUAAUAGAAAACCAGUCUGUGGUGAAAAGCUUGCCAUGGUUAUGAAAUAUGUACAUAGGGGUUUUCUCAUUGCUCAAAUUAUUAUAGUUCACAAUAUAACAAAGCAUUCAUUCAUUUGACAAAUUUAUUAAUAAUUGGCUAUGUUGCAGGCACUGGAAGUACAUCAGUGAUGAAAUGUAAAACACUCUUCUCUUAUAGAGAUUAAAUAGUAGCAAAAAAUGGUUGUAAGUGUCUCGGGACUCAUUUGCAUGGUUUCUGUUCACGUGAUUUUCCCGUUUUUGUACACUUACUUUUCUAGAAUAUGUGACUUCUUUCAAAGGGGCUAUCCCCUUUGUUCAGAGAAUCGCUUUUUGUCUAGGCCCUUGGGGUACUUCUUAACACUUUUCUGCCCUCUGCCUGGUUAUCCCUUUUAAUUAUCCCAUAAAGAUAUUGUCCCUUGUUUGCAUUCUGACCUGAUCAGUGUGUGAACCAGACUGGUCACAUGCUUCAAUGCUGAAGUAUACAUUCAGGGGUGGACAGUUAUUCAAGAGUGUCUUGUUGAGAAUAAUAAAGUAUCAGAGGUUUAAAAUAAGUACUUUUUUUGGUGGAUAUGGUGGCACACAACUAUAAUUCCAGUACAUGAGAUUGCUGUAAGUUUGAGGCCAGCUGGAAUACCGUGCAAGACCCUGACUCAAAUAAAUAAAUAAAAUUACUAGUUAGAAAAUAAUUUAUUUUGAAUAUCCCCCAUAGAUAUUAUAUUAUUCUGCUUACUGAGAAACUUUUUUGGUUGACAGGGGUGGGGACAUGGCUAAUACUUCAGCGCUGUGCAGUUUAUCUUUUAUAAUGCUUACUUGGAGAAAUGAACAAAAUUGAUUCAGGUCUCAAGGUUUACCUUAAUCCAUUUGAACUUUAUACUUCAGUUACAUUUGUAUCUUUUAACUGCAGAACCUUCACUUUGCAUCCCUCUUGGAAGUCUUGGAAUAAAACAGACUAGAGAUAGCAGCUUUAUUUUUCAUUCUUAGCCUGUGGUAUCAGUAUGUCCUGCCAGUCUAUACCACUACCAAGGUAGCAGAAUCCAUUUUUGAAGAACGUGGAAUCCACCUUCUGACACUGCGCUUGCAUAGGUACACCAAUUCAGCGACUGUGGAGCUAGCGUCCUUUCUCCUCCUAGUGCUUCUCUAGGAAGCUGCAGUCUCAUGGCUCCUACUUCUCCCCUUCCAGGGACAAAAUCAGUAGGGGUUUUAUUCAAGCUUUGUAUUCGCACUCACCACAGGAAAAUCAACAGUCAUUAACAAAAUUACAGACAUGGGUGGGUAAGUUUCAAAGCUGUGGGAAAGUUUUUUCACUGUUCUUAGUUUCUUUUCUGACCUUGUGUAAGUAUUUGCCUGAUAAUGGAGCCCUUCAUUUUCCCCAAGAUUGGGUUCCACCUGUCUCUUCUGGGGUCCCCCCCCCUCAGCAGAUACUAACAGCAAUACAUGACUUACCUGGUGGCCCCGGUAAAUUUACGUCUCAGAGACCAUUCUAAUUUGGAAACUCCUCUUGGAAAGGGAUUUCUUCCUCACAGCCCGCUAUCAAGAGUCAGUACUGCUAAAGUGAGGAGUUUGAAAAACCUUGUUCUCAGGUAAAACAGCCUAAGGGGGAAGGUCGUUCCACACUAGAUUCAUCACCUGUUCAUUGGCCAAGUAUGUAAAGUGGAGACCCCAUUUCCAUCCUCAGGAUCUAUCCCGCUGUCACAUGCUGGAGACUGUUGAGUAACAAGUCAUUUUAACAGGGUGUUUUUUGGUGAGUGAAGACUCACACUGUUACAGGCACUGUGGCCAGCAGGUAACAGGUGGGGCAGUUUCUCCAACAGAGUGACUUGAAAGUUUAGCAGUGAGGUGGAACCUGAACCUGUAGGCUGUUAAGACCAAGGGAUGACCUUAGGAAAACUAGGCGAAUUGAAGAGGUUUUUUGUUUUGGGGUGUUCUUGUUUUAUUUUUCAGACAGUUUCACUGUGCAGUUCAGGCUUGCCUUGAACUUAUUAUGUACCCAGGACUGUCCUUGAACUUGCAGCAUCCUCCUACUUCAACCUCCCAAGUGCCAGGAUUAUGGGCAUGUAUGAGCAUGCCUGGCUGAGUUUUUUUGUUUGUUUGGGUGUUUGUUGUUUCUUCUACAUGCUAAGUAAAUUUUACUAAUAUUAGCUUUAUUUUUAUGUUUUUUUAAAAAGUGUAAUUCAUUGUCAGACCCAGUGAUUGUGAAUCUAGCCAAAGUUGUCCUUAGUGAAAGAAAUAUUCAUGUGAAUGCUUAAAAGAGUUGUUCUCAUGUUUUACAUGGGAAAAAUACAUUUUCUAUAUUACAAGUCUAGUUCUUUGUUCCAUUUCUGUUUGGCUUUUUUUUUUAAUAUCUGAAAUCAUUAAAAUUAGAAAAUGGUCUGUAAGGUGUAGCAGCACAUGUUUAAUCCCAGCUAUUUGGGAGACUGAAGCUGGAGGCUCACAACACAAAGCCUAACAGGGCACCUUAGCUAGGUCCUCUCCAAAAAACAAAAAGGUUAUCAUGAAAAUCGUUUGACCCACAUAGCUGGCCAAAUCAUAAGUGGUGAAACCAAAUAGACAUUUAUGAACAACUCCUACAUCUUAUUGAAUUGAGGAAGAUGUUAGGAAGCCAGUGAUUCAAACUGUAUUUAGGACAGGAUAGCGUAAUUAAAGGGCCCCUUUUUAAAGUGAUUAGUGCAGAGGCACCUUUACUAUUAAUAGUUGCCUGCGUGACAUUUUAAAGGAAAGAGUGCCACCUACUGAGUAAUGAUUUUUCCCUCCUCUUUGAUUUUAAAAUCUUAUGUUUCACUUAGCAUUUUAAUUUCUCCAAAUGUGUAUGCACCAUGGUUAACUCCAGUUGAUGGCUUGUGCCAGACAGUGAGCCACCUUGCAGUGAGUUAACAUGGCUGACGAGGAUUCUCAGGGUGGGUAUUUUGUUUUAGGAUCCUGAAAUGAUUAAAAAAAAAAAAACUAUAUCAUAUAAGCUGUUAGAAUUCAUUCCACAUGCUUAUAUUUUCAAGUCAAAUACUGAAGUUUGUACUCUAUAUAGCAAAUACCAGCAACCAAAGAUUUGUCACUUUUUAAAAAAAUAUGUAAUUUGCAGUGCUAUUUAUAUAUUACUUCAAUAAUGAGAAUUGUCUGAAUAAUAAAUGUUCUCUGAAAGCAUUUUAAUUUUCAAUAAUACAAAAGCAGAACUAUUUCAUUAGUAAUUGUGUUUUCAGAUUAGCAUUCCAAAGAUGGUAUGACUCUAUGACUCUUGUUAACAUUAUGUUCCAGCUUUUCUCCUCAAAAAAAAGAAGGUAAAAACAAACAACAUUUCUGUGACUUUACACGGUAAGCAUAUCUGAUGCCGCUAUUGCAGAUCUAAGUAGGCCAUGCGGCUGCUGUGUGUGCUGGCCCAAAGAGUCAGAGUUGGGUUUGAGACAUCAGCAGAGCCAAGACAAGUGGGGGCCCAGGGCAGCUAUGCUUUCCUUCUCAUCGGAGGCCACUGUUUUACAUCAUCUGACUCACAGAGCUUAAUAUGAAAAAUGACUGUGUGUCUUAAGAGAAAUUUGUGGCAUAUUGAUUAAAUAAAAAGAACAGAAGAGCUGGGUGUGGUGACACAUACCUAUAAUCCCAGCACUCCGGAGGCUGAGGCAAGAGGCCAGCCUGGGCUGCAUAAUGAGACUGUGUCUAAAAAAGACCCCCCUCAAAAAAAACCAUAUAUGUAUGUGUGUGGGAAUGUUAAUGUAUUGUACAAUAACCUUAAAACUUACGCAUUGUGCUGUCUACUUUCUUGAAGUUCCUUUUAACAGUUGUUUUGAUCUUUGAGAUAGCUUCAGUUGUCUCUUACACAAAUAUUUCUCCUAGUACUAAUUAAAUUGAAUUAUUUUUAUAAUAGUGAAUAUUGGUACUAGAUCUGAAAGCAGUAUUUCCUAAUUUGAGUUACACCAAGGGUCUAUAAAGCCACGUGGCUAGCAUGUAGAUGGUGAUGACAGUGCUAAUAAAACAUUUGAAAACAUGAGGAACAACUGGAUUAUAGAAGUGGCAAGAAAUAUUUUAUGCAAUAAAAUGUUGGAAGGUACUCUAGAUUUAAUUAAAGAGAGUCUGUAGUUCCUCUUAAGUUUUGUAGUUUCUGAUGCUCUGUCUCCCUCGCAGAAAUGUAGUAUCUGGUGGUGGUAAUGUAUGAGUGACGCUGGACGGUCCCUGUUCCCUCUCUCAGUGCCCCCAGAAGCAGCUUUGUACAAGUCUCACAUCCCACAUGAAUGUAAUCAAAAAUACUGUUACCUACUGAAAUCAGAAAAAGAAAUAGUUGUGUUUGACUAAUCAUCUGUAUUUCAAAUAAAAAUAUUGUUAAAUUAUACCUCAGCAUAAUGGAGUAUAAGGAGGUCAGAUUUUGAAACCAGAGACCUGGUUAUGAACCCAGAAUUCCUUCUCAUUGUAGGUAGUCAAUAAUGCUACUUAAUCUUUCGGCAAGAGUUUGUCAUCACAGUGAGGAUGCUGAUUCUAACCCUGUGGUCUUGAUGAGACUGAGAGCCAAUGUAUUGGCAGCACCUAGAGUAGUACUUGUAACAGGAGGUACUCCAUAAAGGGUAGCUUUAACAAUAGUAAUAGUAGUUGUAAUUUUAUUCAUAAUGUGCUUACGAUGUACUUGACACUGUUUUAAGUGCUUUAUCUCAGUUCACUUACUUUAAAACCAAAGUAAAAACUAUGUGCAGAGAGCUUAGAGAACAGGACAUGGCAAUGGUUAAUGAAUCAUAAAUAUUAGCUAUUAUUUUUAUACCAUUUUACCAAAAAGAUAAAUUAAUGGGUGGAAGUAUGUACCUCCAGGUACAUAUAAAUACUAUUCUUAGUAGCCGCUUUAAGGGCAGGUGCUUUUAUCCCAAGUUUAUGAUGAGGAAAUGGAGGCACAAAGAAGUUAAAUAACUUAGACAUAAAUCACAUAGCUAGUAAGUAUCAGACCUUAGAUUAGAAUCCAGGCAGUCUAGCUCUGGAACUCAUGUCCCAGGUCACUGAGCCACACUUCUUGAAUAUGUACGUGCUGUGACCUUAUAUACCUCAUGCUAGGAACAUGUCCUUGCAAUUGUAUGAUCUCUGUUGACUAAGAAACCCUUUGGUUUUGUUAUAAUAACAGCUUUUCUUAAAGUAUUGGAAGGAAAUGUACAAUGAGAUCAAAUUCCCCUUGCAUAAAUUUUUUUGUAUCCUACCUUGUUAAAAUGGAAUGACUUUGAUAGAAACUAUCUGAUUUUACCGAGUUGUGUAGCUGUUGCACCAUCAUUACAUCCAGCAGUUCUUCCCAGUUAUUGUGGGUAGUUAGUAAUGCUUCUUAACCAUUAGUUAAACUUUUCUGCAAGAGUUAGUCGUGGCAAUGAAGAUGUUGGUCUCCUGUCCCCAUAUUUCCUAAAUUCACUGGGGUGUGUCUUUCAUGUGCUAGUGAACAGUUGUGGUCAGUUACCUAGAAGGCGUUCUCUUAACUUCGUUAGUCUUGCCAUCUCUGCCAAGUGAUGAUGCUGAUUCUUCUCUGACCUGUUUGUCACCAACAGCGCUAAAGACACACGAGUGACCUGCUGAGCAUCUUUUUUGUCCCAGGGUCUUCUGUAAUGAAAUGAGAGCCAUUCUUUAGGCCCAUUUGUAAAUUUCAUAUUCUGGGACUUAAUUUUAGUCAUACAGAGAUUUUCAGAGAAAACAGUCGUAACGUUUUUUUUACUCUUUGUCUUUACUCCAGACUUAAGUCCUUAGCAGAGUACAGAGUGUAGAGUACGAGUAGACUGGAACAGGGAUAAAUCUUUGUGACAGAUUCAUGCUUCUGCAAGUGUUUGGUAUCUACCAGUCUCCAGUAUCUGAUGUCCUUUCCCAUAGAGUGGGUUCAUACCAGGAAGCUUUACACAUCUUGUUGGAUGGCUAUCAAUUAAUCUUCUCUCCCCAUGUUUUGAAUUUUUGGAGACUUGGUUGCAAUGAAGACAUGCUACAUUUUAAGAUAACUUAAGUCUUAUAUUAAGACAUUUGGCAUUAGCGUCUCAGGAUCUUUCUUAGAAAUACUGUCUUAACCAGAGUGAGAGGUCUGUAGAGAUCUAGUGCAUUGUAUUGCAAGGAGUGCUGCUAAAAAAAAACAAAACUCCACACUGGGUAAGUGUAAGGGAUGCUGUGUGCCAUCUUUUUCCCACGGAGCCUCAAAUGCACAUAGGUCUUCAUCAGAGGCUCUGAGAUGUCCUACAAUAAACCUACCUAAAUUCAUUUCAGCUAGUGUUUCCUACCUGCAGAAUCAUAAAAUGUUCAGUGUUAUGAAAUACUAUUCUUUGCCAAAGUUAUGUCUUCUAUUUAAAGUAUCUUCUUUCAACAUUCACAAUUCCAUACCUGCCAAUCCUGUUUUUUUCACUUAUUUGGGUAUCAUCUCUGGGUUUUUCCAGCCCUUCCACAGAUAAAAUUCAUGACGAAGUGAUCCUAUUACAACUAUUUUAUGGCACUUUAAACAGCAUUGUAGCAGUAUUUUUCUUCCUUCUGUUAAUAUCUGGAGGGAUAGGCACCCAAUCUUACUUGUCUUUUGUUUCAUUUUUAUUCUCUCAUCUGGCUCAGUGCUUACACAUGGUAGUUGUGCCCACAUUCAUUAAAUGGGUUUGGCAGCAUUAAAAACAUAGAGAAGAAAAGCUGCAUUUGUCAGGAAGUCAACCUUCAUUCUGAGCAUCCCAGUUAAUGUGCCUGACCACCACCCAGAAGGAAGUGGCAUAGUAUUAGCUGUCCCACAGGACUUUGAACAAAGUCAUUCUGCUAGCAGAGGCUGGAGAGAGCUUGGUAUUCAAAUGUACAGUAUCCCCCUCUCCUCCAUUAAUUUCGGAACAUUAUAACCAAAUGGGGGUGUUGUUAACUAAGAAGGUACUUGUUCAGUGCUUUUAACUUUGAGCCACUUUUCUUAAAAUAUGGAAUGAGGGAAUGUGCAAUAGUAGACUACUUUCUCCAUUACUAUCCCUGUUUGUUUGACCAUUUGGAAGAAUAUUCAAAGUGAAUUCCACAUUUCUUCAAAGAUAAUAGAGUAAAAAUAUACUCACACACCCAUUUUGAGGAGAUCCCAAAGAAAAACAUUUACCAGAGCCUCCGCAUAGCACUGACUUGAGAGCCUUUUGAUGCAAACUAAAACAAUGAAGGAGCAACUGUCUUUUCUGCCAAAUACACAUGCACUUUGCCACGUAUUUUGUGCUAGUGCUUCCGGAGAGAGGGCAGGACAUGGCACUUGGCUAGACUCAGGACUGCCCCACAGGAGUGGUGCAGGAAGUUCCAGUCUGCUUCUCCAGUGUUUGAUCCCAUUAGGUGUUUGCAUCAUUGUAGUGUAGACAUUCCCAAUCCUUUAUUUUUCAAAUAGCACAAAAGGGGAAUUCUUGAAAGGAAAUACACAUUUAGCCAGAUAUUGUAAAAAUAAAUAAAUAAGCAUCCUUUUCCUUGCUUACUGAUCUUUGUUCAACAAUUAAGGAAGAGGAUGCUCACAACAUCCCAUUUUUUUUUCUCCUAAGGUUUCUAAAGGUUCUUCAUCAAAUAUCAAGGACACAGCAAAGAAAGAAAUAAACAGUGAAAUUUUUAGCAGUGAAUAUCAAAAGAAUGCAAGCUUUGUGGAUUUUUGUUAAAAAGAAGUAGAAAAUGGGACCAUAUUGAGCUUAAACUCCUGAAAAUGUCCAUACAAGACUCUUAAGGAAAAUUUUUAUAUUAAACCCAAUAGGUUUUCCAGCUUCCCAAGUGAGAGGAUAGAAGAAUGGUAGUAUUUCUGAUUACUGUUGCAGAGGUGUUCGCUGUGGUUGGUGGGAAAAUAUUUUUUAAAAAUAUUUAAUUUUAAUAGUAAAUAUUGUGGAGAUAGCCAGUAACUUUAGAGUUCAUCUGUUUUGUCCAUCAUUGAUAGCAAACCUGAAUUGUAUUUCUGACACAAGGUUUUCAUGUGUUUCAUAAGAUGCCUUACAAAAUCAUCACUCACAUUUCUAUCUAAUUCUGACUUUUUUUCCAGUUUCACUUGUCUCCAUGUAAUAUACAUGAAAUUUUAGUCCACAGUUUCUAACAAGUCAGUGGAUUUCACUGAACUUGAGUUGUUCGUCACUGUAGAACUGCCAGCAUGUUGGUUUCACUUUAGUCUAGUUUAUUUUGUUUUAUCCAUGCGUGCAAGGAGUUGUUAACCUCAAGAAGUGUCUACCUUCAUCUCAUGCUUUUUCUUCUCAAUUGGUUUUAAAGGAAUAACCUUUUCUCAAAUUGCUAUUCUUUGUAGGAUUUUCAUUUCCUUACUUAACCUAAUUUGAUUUUCUUAAUAUCCCUUAGUUUUCUUUAAAUUCUUACCAGUUUUAAGUCAUUACACAUUCUUAUCUCUCUGCCUCACUAGACCUGUAAUUGUAUCUACCUAACUAUACCCAUAAUACCUAUUUCUGAUGUAAAUUCUAGUUGUCUGAAUUGCCUUUCCCUCCUGGCACAUUGUAAUUUCUGCUGCAGUUUAGUAUUUUUCUCCCUGUCAAUAUACAUGGUUGUUUUCAUGACUUGACAAAGUGUACUUAUUUAGUUUUAUUCUUACAUAAAUUUGUUGACUUUUUAUAUUCACCUACUGACACAUUUAGAAGGACGAAUCAUUCUUUUUCCAGAUUUAGUUAAACAUUUCAGUUCCAUUAUUGAGUUAUGUCAUCAGUUUUGCACAUUAGAGAAAUUUGAUGUGAUAACAUUAAUAACUUGAAUGUGGUGACUUUUUAGAAUCUUCAGCAACAUUUCUGAGAGAUGAGUGUACCUAGGAAUAGCUUAGCCAAGUUUUUGUAUGACAAGUUUAUUUUCUUUUUGGGACUAGGCAACUAUAAGAGAUGGUCUAGAAAAUCUUUCUGCAUUGUUUGAUUUUCUUGGUUUAUUUGUAUUUUAACCAUAGCCCUUUUAGUUUAGUGAUAUUUACUUACCUAUGAGUAUAUCUGAUUGAAAGUGUAGCCUUGAUGUUUUAUCUUAAACGUGUUAAUAACUUCUAAUCCUAAUUACACACAUCCAAAGUAUUUGUAUGUACAUGGAUUUUAGAAGAUUUACUUUUUGUUUCAAGACAAUUUUAACAAAUUCCUUUGAAUAUUCCUAUAAAUAUUUGUCAUCAAAAAAGAUACCUUUUAAUUUUAAAAUACUCUUGAGUAGCAUUCAGUAAAACUCAAUUCAUUAAAGAAAAACUGAAACAUUUUUCUUCACUUAAUAAUAUAUUCCUCUUAAUAGUACCCUAGUCUGCAAUUAGCAACUUUUAUGUGUACAUUAUUUUGUAGAUUUAAUGGUGUUUAAAAUUUGUAGCACAUAAUGAGUUACUAGUAAUAUAUAAUUUAUUUAGUAGUCUCUUAGAGUAUAUUUAGUAGUCUAUACAAUGUCAUUUGCUCUAAAUAUAUUUCUACAUUUAUAACAUAGAACACACACAGAGUAUGAGAGAACUAAAUAGUUCAAUAUGAAUGACUUUCUUUUUAGUCACUUUUCUUCUCUAGAAAAAAACUAGAUUAGAUCAUAGGUAAUUGCAAAAAAAAAUCUGUGUAAAGUAGAAUACUGUCUAGUACUUCUGUCACUUAUAAAAUUCUGUUACUAUAUUGUUACAUGAUUGUUAAACAAAUCUUAUGCAGAUUAUUAAUUUGGAAGGAAACCUUCUAGUUCUUCGAAAUUAUUUGUUUGUCCCCAAAGGUACUAAUUUAAUGGUGGAGUUACGAGUGGUUAAGAGCAAUGUAUGUCCAUUCUGUGUGUUACCAUUUUCUGGUCUAGAUUACCUAGUGAAUAGGCAUUUGCAGUGCGAUUGUCCUAUUUUGGCUUAAUUUUGUACUUUUUGUUUUGGUACCUUGAUACACUAAAAAAAAGAAAGAAAGAAAGAAGGAAGGAAGGAAGGAAGGAAAGAAAAGAAAAAGAAAGAAAGAAAGAAAGAAAGAAAGAAAGAAAGAAAGAAGAAAAGAAGAAAGGCAGGGUGGAUCAGGAGAUAAUGGCCCACCGAGAUGCUCUGUAUAGGAAAUAGAAUUAACCUGAAAAGGAGUUUAUGGAUUGAAAAUCAAAUAUGAGAAAAACAAUGCUCUGUGUGACAGGGAACCAGAGAGAAAUAGGGGCAACUCGACCAGCACCUGCAGAUAGGUUGAAAAGACAGAAUACUUAAGUACAAUAGAGAACUACUUUGCUAUAAUAAAGGAAAACCUUGAGGCUUUUGUAGGUAAAGGAAUACAACUUGAGAUCAAGUCCAGGAGUGAGAAGGUUUGGAACCACUUAGGUAAAUAGCAGGUUGCCCCCCAGUCUAAAAACUGAGGGAGUUGGUGGGACCCAAGAUGCGCAGUGCACCCUGUGGGAGUGAAAGGGGAGGAAUAGUCUAAAAAAAGAAGGCAGAGGAUAUUGUUAAUAGUGUAUCAGGACUUAAAACCCACAUUACUCAGACUGCUCUGUUAAGAUGGAUUAUAUUCUGUUCCAGUUUAUCUAUUGUACCAGAUUUGAGGGCACAGACAUAGCAGGAUAUAUUUCAGUAAUCAUCCAUAAUUUCCUAUUAACUUAAUCUGAAGCCCUGUGUAACUUACACUGUUUUAUCAUGACCUUAGUUGAAUCUGAUUUGUUAGAUUGCUGUUUUGUAUUGACAGAUUUUAUUCAAAUCUGUUAUGAUUGAUAGUAUCAAGUUUGAAAGUAUAGGCAACUACACUGAAAAUGCCAAGAUUCACUAGGAUACCAGCUCUGGUUUGAUUAUUACCUGCUUUUGAAGUUUUAUACUGUCAGCAAUGUUUUGUUUUUAUUAAUAUUGUUAUAUACUAUUAUAUUCAAUUAUACUAUGCCUGUUGAUAUUGCCAAUUCUAUUGAAGAUAACAAGCGGCAACAUAGUAACCAUUGUAGAACACCUUAUACUGUGGUUUUAUAUGACUUUUUCAUUUCAUGUUUAGGAAUUUGUUUUGUUUUGUCUUGCUUUGUUUUGUUUCUCCCUCUAAUACAGAAAGGAUAGAAAUACAUGUUGAGACUCAUGCAUGUGUAGAACCUAUAAGUAGUUUAUGAGAAUUGAUCAGAUAAUACAUGAUGAAAUGAACAACUGCUUUAAAGAAAAGAGACACUACAGUACCCAGUGCUGAUUCUGUAGCAUCAUGAUGUGAAAUCCAGCAAUACUAUUAUUCUUUGUUCAAAGUGAUAUUUAGCCUGUUUGGUUUUGUUUAAUUUCAACAUACAUGAAGCUAUAGAUAGCUAUUUUGAAGAGAAUGAGAGACACUGUGACAGCCAUUGUUGACUUCCCUGUUGUCUGAUCUUGAACACUUAAAAUGGCUUCCUCAUCUUGUUCAGAUCAGUUCUGUACUAUCUUGUUUCAUGUGAAUUCACUGUAUGUGAAGAUACGGACAACUAUUUGGAAGAAAAGAGACAAUACGAUAGAUAGUGAAGAUCUCUGAUUGUCUUGCUUUGAAAUUUAUGUAUCUUACAUUGCUUUUUUAUGUUCUGUUUUGUUGUGUUUAAUUUUACCCUCUUUAAAAUUAAAAAAAAUCUAAUAAAAAUAUAGAAAUAGUGCCCCCUUUCUGAUACUGCAUCAACAUGUUAUAAAACUGAUUAUAGUAUACCAUGGCCAAAUCCAUAAAAAGAAAUCCACGUUUCUUUGUUGUGCUAAAGAGAUAAUGUUUACUCCAUAUAAGGAUAAAAGUACACCUUUUUUUCUUUGUAAACAAGUAGAAAUUGUGGCAUCUUUAGUUUUCAGGGUCAAGCAUUAUGGAGUGACUUGGAAGAAAGUCUUUUGGGAACUAACUUUCUUAAUUCGUGAGAUGGAGAGUAAAGAAACUCUUAAAGGGUUGCACAAGAUGGACGACCGCCCGGAAGAACGAAUGAUCAGGGAGAAACUAAAGGCAACAUGUAUGCCAGCUUGGAAGCAUGAGUGGUUGGAAAGGCGAAACAGGAGAGGCCCUGUGGUGGUAAAGCCAAUCCCUAUCAAAGGAGAUGGACCUGAAAUGAGCAGCUUGGCAACCGAGUGUCAAGGAGACAGCCUGGCCAGCACUGCUUCUGCAGCCCCCAAAGGCCGGCGGAGCCCAUCUCCUGGGAACUCCCCGUCAGGUCGCACAGUGAAAUCAGAAUCUCCAGGAGUAAGGAGAAAGAGAGUUUCCCCAGUACCCUUUCAGAGCGGCAGAAUCACACCACCCCGGAGAGCUCCUUCGCCAGAUGGCUUCUCACCGUACAGCCCUGAGGAAACAAGCCGCCGUGUGAACAAAGUGAUGCGGGCGAGACUGUACUUACUGCAGCAGAUAGGACCCAACUCCUUCCUGAUCGGGGGAGAUAGCCCAGACAAUAAGUACCGGGUGUUUAUUGGGCCACAGAACUGCAGCUGUGGCCGUGGAACAUUUUGUAUUCAUCUGUUAUUUGUUAUGCUCCGGGUGUUUCAGCUAGAACCUUCAGACCCAAUGUUGUGGAGAAAGACUUUAAAGAAUUUUGAGGUUGAGAGUUUGUUCCAGAAAUACCACAGUAGGCGUAGCUCGAGAAUCAAAGCUCCAUCUCGUAACACCAUCCAGAAGUUUGUUUCACGCAUGUCAAAUCCUCAUACAUUGUCAUCAUCUAGUACUUCUACAUCUAGUUCAGAAAACAGCAUAAAAGAUGAAGAGGAACAGAUGUGUCCUAUAUGCUUACUGGGUAUGCUUGAUGAAGAAAGUCUUACAGUGUGUGAAGAUGGCUGCAGGAACAAGCUGCACCACCACUGCAUGUCCAUCUGGGCAGAAGAAUGUAGAAGAAACAGAGAACCUUUAAUAUGUCCUCUUUGUAGGUCUAAGUGGAGAUCCCAUGAUUUCUACAGUCACGAGUUGUCAAGCCCUGUAGAUUCCCCAUCUUCCCUGAGAGCUGCACAGCAGCAAACCACACAGCAGCAGCCUCUAGCUGGAUCACAGAGAAGAAAUCAAGAAAGCAACUUUAAUCUUACUCAUUAUGGAGCUCAGCAGAUCCCUCCUGCAUAUAAAGAUUUAGCUGAGCCAUGGAUUCAGGUGUUUGGAAUGGAACUCGUUGGCUGCUUAUUUUCUAGAAACUGGAAUGUAAGAGAGAUGGCUCUCAGGCGUCUUUCCCACGAUGUUAGUGGGGCCUUGCUGUUGGCAAAUGGGGAGAGCACUGGAAACUCUGGGGGCAGUGGUGCAAGCAGCCCAAGUGCUGGAGCCACCAGUGGGUCCUCCCAGACCAGCAUCUCAGGAGACGUGGUGGAGGCAUGCUGCAGUGUCUUAUCAAUGGUCUGUGCUGACCCUGUCUACAAAGUAUACGUUGCUGCUUUAAAAACAUUGAGAGCCAUGCUGGUAUAUACUCCUUGCCACAGUUUAGCAGAAAGAAUCAAACUUCAGAGACUUCUCCGGCCAGUUGUAGAUACCAUCCUAGUUAAAUGUGCAGAUGCCAAUAGCCGUACCAGUCAGCUGUCCAUAUCAACACUGUUGGAAUUAUGCAAAGGCCAAGCAGGAGAGUUGGCAGUUGGUAGAGAAAUACUUAAAGCUGGAUCCAUUGGUAUUGGAGGUGUGGAUUAUGUCUUAAAUUGUAUUCUUGGAAAUAAUAUUGAGUCAAACAACUGGCAAGAACUCCUAGGUCGCCUUUGUCUUAUAGACAGACUAUUGUUGGAAUUUCCUGCUGAAUUUUAUCCUCAUAUCAUCAGUACUGAUGUUUCACAAGCUGAGCCUGUUGAAAUCAGGUAUAAAAAGCUGCUGUCCCUCUUAACCUUUGCUUUACAGUCCAUUGAUAAUUCCCAUUCAAUGGUUGGUAAACUCUCUCGAAGAAUAUAUUUGAGUUCGGCAAGAAUGGUGACUGCAGUACCCCAUGUGUUUUCAAAACUGCUAGAAAUGCUGAGUGUUUCGAGUUCUACUCACUUCUGCAGGAUGCGUCGUCGUUUGAUGGCUAUUGCAGAUGAAGUGGAAAUCGCUGAGGUGAUCCAGCUGGGCAUGGAAGACACUUUGGAUGGCCAACAAAACAGGUUUUUACAGGAAGCUGCCCAUUCUAGCUAUCCAGAAGCCACAGAGGACAGGUCCCUGGAGCAAACAGUUCAUUUAGACAAAACUGGAAAAAGAUUAUGUGCUACAAAAAUGAGUGACAGCUCAGAGGACAUUUCCGAUAGACUGGCCAGCAUUUCUGUAGGACUUCCUAGUUCAGCAACAACAGAGCAACCAAAGCCAAUGGUUCAAACAAAAGGUAGACCCCACAAUCAGUGUUUGAACACCUCUGUUUUAUCUCAUCAUUCCCAACAAACAUUCCCAGCCUUGUCAUCCCCUUCUUCAUCUGCCCCAUCUGUACCAGCUGACUCUGUAACAGAUGUCUCCAAGCAUAGACCUCAGGGAUUCGUUCCCUGCAAAAUACCUUCUGCAUCUCCUCAAACACAACGCAAGUUUUCUCUACAAUUCCAGAGAAACUGUUCUGAAAAUAAAGACUCAGACAAACUUUCCCCUAUAUUCACUCAGUCUAGACCCUUGCCUUCCAGCACCAUACAUAGGCCAAAGCCAUCUCGACCUACCCCAGGUAAUACAAGUAAACAGGGAGAAGCCUCAAAAAAUAGCAUGACACUUGAUUUGAACAGUACUUCCAAAUGUGAUGACAGCUUUGGCAGCAGCAGCAACAGCAGUAAUGCAGUUAUUCCCAGUGAUGAGACAGUGUUCACGCCAGUAGAGGAAAAAUGCAGAUUAGAUGUCAAUACAGAGCUCAACUCCAGUAUUGAGGAUCUUCUUGAAGCAUCUAUGCCUUCAAGUGACACAACAGUCACUUUUAAGUCAGAAGUUGCUGUUCUGUCUCCUGAAAAGGCUGAAAAUGAUGAUACCUACAAAGAUGAUGUGAAUCACAAUCAGAAGUGCAAAGAAAAGAUGGAAGCUGAAGAAGAGGAAGCUUUAGCAAUUGCCAUGGCAAUGUCAGCAUCUCAGGAUGCUCUUCCCAUAGUUCCUCAACUACAGGUUGAAAAUGGAGAAGAUAUCAUCAUUAUUCAACAGGAUACACCAGAGACUCUACCAGGACAUACCAAAGCAAAACAGCCUUAUAGAGAAGACACUGAGUGGCUGAAAGGCCAGCAAAUAGGCCUUGGGGCAUUUUCUUCUUGUUACCAAGCACAGGAUGUGGGAACCGGAACUUUAAUGGCUGUCAAACAGGUGACAUACGUCAGAAACACAUCUUCUGAGCAAGAAGAAGUGGUGGAAGCAUUAAGAGAAGAAAUAAGAAUGAUGAGCCAUCUAAAUCAUCCAAACAUCAUUAGGAUGUUGGGAGCCACGUGUGAGAAGAGCAAUUACAAUCUCUUCAUCGAAUGGAUGGCGGGAGGAUCUGUGGCCCAUCUGCUGAGUAAAUACGGAGCUUUCAAGGAAUCAGUAGUUAUUAACUAUACUGAACAGUUACUUCGUGGCCUUUCAUAUCUUCAUGAAAACCAGAUCAUUCAUAGAGAUGUCAAAGGUGCCAAUUUGCUAAUUGACAGCACAGGUCAGAGACUGAGAAUUGCAGAUUUUGGAGCUGCAGCCAGGUUGGCGUCAAAAGGAACUGGCGCGGGAGAGUUUCAGGGACAGUUAUUGGGGACAAUUGCGUUUAUGGCACCAGAGGUGCUAAGAGGUCAGCAGUAUGGUAGGAGCUGUGAUGUAUGGAGUGUGGGCUGUGCUAUUAUAGAAAUGGCUUGUGCAAAACCACCUUGGAAUGCAGAAAAACACUCCAACCAUCUUGCUUUGAUAUUUAAGAUUGCCAGUGCAACUACUGCUCCAUCAAUCCCUUCACAUCUGUCUCCUGGUUUACGUGAUGUGGCUCUUCGUUGUUUAGAACUUCAACCUCAGGACAGACCUCCAUCAAGAGAGCUACUGAAGCAUCCAGUCUUCCGUACAACGUGGUAGCCGAUUGUAAAAUAAACUAUUCUAGAGACUGGAUGCUCAACAAGGAAAAAAAACUUGUUGGGAACCACACUGAUCUGCUGGCCAUCAUGCCACUGAACAGCUAUGAUAAGGCCAGUAGGGAACCCUUACCUAAGUAUGUGAUUGACAAAUCAUGAUUUGUACCUAAGCUCAGUAUGCAAAAGUCUACACCUUGUGCAGAAACUGUAAACCGUGCCUUUCAAAGAACUGGCCCUAGGUAAACAGGAAAGCAGUGAAGUUUGCAUGACUAAAUAACAGAAGCAUAAUAUUUUUGGAGCACUUUUUCAGCAAUAUUAGGAGCUGAGGGGCUCAGGAUCUAUUUUAAUGUUUCAGUUAUUCUUCCUUUUUUUUUUUUUAGUGAUCACAAGCAGGGAGGGGGUUCUAUAAUUCCGUUCAGUUUUUUGGUCACUGGCUAUAAAAAUCAGUAUCUGCCUCUUUUAGGUCAGAGUAUGCUAUGAGUAGCAGUAAAUACAUAUUUUUUUAAAGGUGAUGACUUCUUCAUGAUCCACAGUUGACCUUUAUUUUUCUAAUGGCGGGCAGUUGUGGUUCAUUGUGCAUUUUACUGUUGGCCCAUUCAUUUCGUUUUUGGAAAUUAUGGUUCUGUAUUUUCAUUUCACCUCCAUUUUUGUUUAAUAUUCAGGGAAAGGUGAUCUUUUCAAACUAGAAAAAUAACAGUAGGUGUGAACUAAACUUUAUUAAAUACCUUGCUACUGCAAGAAUUUUUAAAUACAGGUUUAAUGUUUUUUAAAUUGGAAUAUAAUAAAGUAUUGCCUACAUUGAAUGAGUCAUCUUAUUGGCAGAUUAAAUAUAAAUUAACAAAAUCAACUGUCUUGUGUGAUACAGCUCACAACCACAGCAAGAUUACCUUGAAAUUCAUUUAAUUUUUUUCUGUUCUCAGAGCAGAGAAUCAGAGUAAUUCUGUUUCUUUGCUAAAGUGUAGGAGACUUCACAUCAUUUAGAUCUUGCUCUGUGUGUAACAGUCCUCACCAUUACCACUGACUAUAACAAGUAUUUUCCUUCUGCCAUGCAUCAUCUUUCUACAUUAGGCCUGCCUGAUAGUUAAAGAAAAAUCAGUGUGUUCAACUACCAAUCAGCAAUAUUUUUAAUAAUAAAUGUGCUUUGAACUUAGAGAAUAUGUUCAGAAAGAAAAAUGAAAUUGAGUUUCAUUUUUACAUCAGUUCUUUGGAUGUUGCACAACUAUUUAAUGGCUUUAGUCUGGAGUUGAAUUCAGAUGCAUGGAAUUCCAGAGGGAAAUGGUAGCUCUUUUAUCCUUUUUUGUGUGUGUCUUUUAAAUCAAGUACUGAUUAUUAAAUAUAAUCUUCAAGAUUUUUAAGUUUUAACUCUUCAGAUGCCAGUGUGACAUAGAAUUGGUUAUUCUCAAAGACUCAGGAUAAAGUAAAUAAGCUAUAUAAAGUACAUUUAAAAUGUACACUACAAAUUGGAAGUAAAAUACGUUACAAGAAAAGUUUACAGGGAUAUAUUGCAUAUAAUUUUUGAAAAGCAGUUUUUUAUGUGAUUGUGUUUCUUAGUGAAAUUUUACAUUCCUUUGUUUUGGAAGAUUGGCAAUAUUCGAAGAGUUAAAAGUAGUACAGAAAUGUGAAGUUUGGUAGUUCUAAAUGUAUUGUACUUGACCUUUGUUUGUUUACUACUUAGAAUUUUCACAGUUCUAAUAAGAUUAUUUCCAAGUCUCUCAUGUGCAAGCUUUAAAGGACACACUCUUGCCAUUUUAUGUACUGGAAGAUCACUGGUCAGAUUAAUACUGCAUCUGACAGAAACGUAAACUGUGUAAACUGAGGAACCUCAGCUAAUCAGUAUUACUUUAGAUCAUCAUGCCCACCACAUUUCAAACUCAAACUGUCUCUAGAUGUCAAAAUCCAUUGUGUUUGAGUUUGUUUGCAGUUCCCUCAGCUUGCUGGUAAUUGUGGUGUUUUGUUUUUUGUUUUGUUUUCAAUGCAAAUGUGAUGUAAUAUUCUUAUUUUCUUUGGAUCAAAGCUGGACUGAAAAUUGUAUUGUGUAAUUAUUUUUAUGUUCUUAAUGUUAUUUGGUACUCAAGUUGUAAAUAUCGUCUACUGCUGUUUAUUCCAGUUUCUACUACCUCAGGUGUCCUAUAGAUUUUUCUUCUACCAAAGUUCACUUUCACAAUGAAAUUAUAUUUGCUGUGUGACUAUGAUUCCUAAGACUUCCAGGGCUCAAGGGCUAACUUCUAGUAGCACCUUACUGUGUAAGCAAAUGUUACAAAAAAGAAAAAAAAAUCUCUGGGUUAAGAAAAUUUGGCUUAAAUGUAUCCUUUGUUAUUUUAAAUAUAUUGAGAUAUUUUAAUUAAAAUUUUUACCCCAUUGAACCAAUUUUAUAGUAUUUGUACCUAUUUUGGUGUUUUGUCUUUUUAGUAAAUAAAAAAUUUUGAACAAA